AUAAUGGCUGCGCCCAUGGUCAAAGGAAUCAGCGUGUUUGUGGGCUCAGAAACAGGUCUUUUAAAAGGAAUAAAUGUUUUAAAGGCAGAAUGGACAAAUUUAAACGAAAAUUUAGAUAAAUCUAAAGAAGUUGUAUCUCUUUGCUGGAAGGAUGAAACCGAGACUGAAGUAUGUAUGGGACUGAAAAAUAAAAAUGUGAUAUCAUGGAACGUGCGAACUCGAUCGUUUACCGAGACUGUGAGUUUAGGAACAGAGGAAUCAAAACUCAGAGGUGUGAAAAUUUUAAAUGGUAAUUAUGUUUCUUGUGUAGACACAGGUUUGGUUCGAUUAUGGAGUAAUGGCGGAGUGAAUACGGAGAUCAAUGCUGGGAAAGAUGUGUUCGCUUUUGACCAAAAUCCGAUUGAGAAAAACAUUUUUGCAACGGGAGGUAAAGAAAAUGAAUUAAAAAUCUGGGACGUUGAAUCGUCAGAAAAACUGAAAUUCACGGCCAAAAAUGUUCGAAACGACUGGCUUGAUUUACGAGUACCAGUAUGGGUGACCAGUGCUAAAUUUAUUCCUAUGUCUGAGAAAAUUCUAACAACCACAGGUCACCACCAGGUUAGGAUGUAUGACAUGAAAGCACAAAGAAGACCGAUACUGGACAUGUCAUUCGAUGAAUAUCCAAUCACUGCAUCAUCACUUUGUCCAAGGAAUGAGAACCAGAUUGUAGUAGGGAACACCAUCGGCAAAAUGGCAAUUUUAGACGUACGAAAGGGCAGACUAGUUCAAGUUUUCAAAGGAUUUGCUGGUGCCAUUCGUGCUAUUGAACAUCAUUCUACUUUGCCUGUCAUAGUUUCCUGUGGUUUGGACAGAUAUUUACACGUUCACUCUGUAGAAGAUAAAUCUCAUCAAAAAAUAUAUCUGAAGUCAAGGCUUACCUCACUUCUUCUGAAGAAGAGUUGGGAGGAAAAGAAAGAAACAGAUGAUGAUGAUGAAGAUGUUGUUGUGAAGACUGAAGUUUUGUCAGAUGAGGAAGUCAAUGAGGAUGAAAUCUGGGGAAACAUGGAGGUUGUCCAAACAAAAACAAAGAAGAAAGAAAAGAGAGAGUUGGACAUUAAGAAAAAGUCAAAAAGAAAACAUACUGAUGAGCAAUCCAUUGUGAAAACUGUUAAAAACAAAAAGAGAAAAAAGAUAAUAAAUGGUUAGGUCAAAAUCAGA